GGCACUGGGAAAACAAGGAAAAUUCGUAGAAGACCAACUGAAUUUGUUGGAGAGCAACGCUUUACUCCAUUUCUGCAGUCAAGGCAAGAAAUUAGGAGACAACCAGCAGUCCAAACUCAACCAUCACCAUUAGCGUUACCCCCAGGCCCUACUGUGACUCUACCUCAAGGAUGGACGCCAAUGUCAUGUGAUCAAGAUGUUUCCAUGGUUACUUUACAGCAAGGAUCGCCCGAAUACCUCUCCGUAGAGGCAAAGUUUAAGAUAACGCUAAGUAAUAAAACGAUUCAUAAAAUUGAACGUGUUCAAAACAUGGAUUUGUGGGAGUCAUAUUCAAGAAAAUUGUCAAAGCUUUCACGAAAAUUGGGCAGACCUGCUGAAGUCAGAGAUUUAUUCCAUGGGACAGGCGAGAAUGCGGUAAACGCGAUAUGCCAGCAAGGUUUUGAUUGGCGAAUGAAUGGUGCUCAUGGUACAGCCUAUGGCAAAGGAUCGUACUUCGCCGUGGCGGCCUCGUACUCCGACGGCUUUUCAAACGUAUCACGAACGACGGGACAUAAAAUGAUGUUUUUAAGCAAAGUCAUCGUUGGUUUGUACGUUGUUGGCAACUCCAACACAGUGCGUCCACCGCCGAGAGAUCCUAACAAACCUUAUGAGCUCUACCAUUCGUGUGUGGAUAACCAAACAAACCCAACCAUGUUUGUUGUCUUCGACAAUGAUCAAGCUUACCCACAAUUCUUGAUUAGUUACUCCUGACGAUAAAAUUUCACGUAUGACCUCAAAUGAAUUACUCAUACUAAGAAAAUAGAAUUCUUUGGCAUACUUAGUCCAGCAGAAAUAAUUC